AUGGCGGUAAGCGUGGAUAAUAACUAUUUUUGUGCUGUUUAUCAUCUGUGGUAAUCUUUUUGUUAAGAAUAUCGUGUUAUUCGUAAUAUUUAACUUUUUGGUGGAAAUAGUGUUUGAAUAAUGUGAAAUACGUAAUUUCGCAAUUUAAAACAUCAAAGAAAACAAGGGACGUCUUUUGAUAGUGCAAACUAUGGCGUCGAAUGAAGAAGGUGGUAAUGAUGAUGAAAAUAAAGAUUAUUUGGAAAAACAAUCCUCCUGUGAAUCAGUACUGGAGUCUUCUAAGUGCCCAAAGUGUAUAUCAUCACAAAAUAAGUGUUCGUGUAGUGUGACUUCCCAAAACUUUGAAGAUGACAAUCUAAAUAGCCUGAACACUGUGGAUAAUGUGCAACUAACCAACAGUCUUACAACUAACUCAUGUGAUAAUAACAGUGCAGAUAAAGAAACUAUUAAGGAAUUUGUUCCAAAGAAUUUUGUAAGCAGUACAGUUGCUGAUCCUGAAAACAAUGUUAGUGAUAAUCAGGAGGUUGUGUUAACAGAUGAUGUUAAGUUAAAUUCACAAGAUGAUAGAUUAUUUAAUACUAGUGAGAUAAAGCAAGAAGAUGAGCAGCCUAAAGCUGAACCAGAACCUCCUGAGCCUAGUGAUACAGACAACAAUAAAAACAGGUAUAAUCUAAGUAAAGAAGAUUUAAAUGAAGCAACAGAUAUGAAUCGAUCAAUAUAUGAUCCUAAUCCCAUACCAACUUAUGAAAACCUUAAAUUCCAUUCAUUAAAAAUUGACUGUGACACUAUGAAGAGUGAAUUUAAACCCAUAAGUAAUUCUCAAGAUAACAUUCAUCUAAUAACAAAAAGUCUUUCUAUCCCAAGAAAGCCUCUAAAACUAAUGAAGUUAUGUUCAAGCUUUGUUAAUACUCUAGAUUCUAACCUGCUUAAAGGCAAAACAAGGUGUAAAUUAAGUGACAUAGAUACAGAAGCAGAUUUAGGUGUAAAUCCAACAAUGCACUAUCCAAAUCCCAUACCUGAAAUACCACAAGAAACAGAAUUAGGUGUAAAUCCAACAAUGCACUACCCAAAUCCCCUACCUGAAACUCCAAAAGAAGCAGUAUUAAGUGUAAAUCCAACAAUGCACUAUCCAAAUCCCAUACCUGAAACUCCACAAGACGCAGAAUUAGGUGUAAAUCCAACAAUGCACUAUCCAAAUCCCAUACCUGAAAUACCACAAGAAACAGAAUUAGGUGUAAAUCCAACAAUGCACUACCCAAAUCCCAUACCUGAAAUACCACAAGAAGACAGAAUUAGGUGUAAAUCCAACAAUGCACUAUCCAAAUCCCAUACCUGA